AAUGCCAGCAGGAGGACUGCACACGUAUUCUUUUAGACCAUGGUGCCGAUCCCAAAGUGAGUGACAUCUAUGACAACAUGGCUUUACACUAUGCAGCUUGUGGUGAGUGUGUAACAACAGUGGCACAGCUCCUGUCAUACAACGGAGGCAUCAAGGCGAGAAACAAGCAAGGUCUCACACCACUUUUGCUUGCUGUAAGUGAAACAAAUUAUCAGAUGGUGAAGUAUUUUCUAAUGGAAGGAGCAAACGUACAUGCUGUUGAUUGUUGUAAAAGAACAGGACUUAGAAAUUACAUCAGUGGAAGAAGAAAGUCCUGAUGGAAGUGAAUAUAACCACCUGCAGGUAAUUGUGAGACAACUCCAGCAACAACGGGAUGACACCGUAAUACAACAACCUAAUUUAGAGGCUUUGCUAGAGGUUACCUCAUAUUGCUGUACUAAUGUACAAGAUAAGACUUGGUACUUAAGGAAGAAAUUAAAUAAAUUCAUAAGUCAAGUAGAACCAGCACCACAAGAGAAGUUAGAGCAUUUGAGAGAGCAUGAUGAUGCUUCAUGUGGAAGGCAAAUGGAACUCAGAAUUAAAGAUCUGGAAUCUCAACUCUCCAAAAAAAAUUCUCAAGAGGACUCUAUUAAAACUGAAUUGGAGAAAUAUAAACAAUUCUACCUAGAAGAAUGAAAGAUUAUCGUGUCAUUGGCGAAUCAACUAAACAAGUACGUCAAAACAGAAUCAGAGAAAAUAAAUUAAGCUCAUUAAUUUGCAUCUAAAGCAUUAUUUCUGUUGAGCCAAGUUUAUAAGAUUAGUAGGAAGUGAAAGCUAAAUGGAUAGCAUAUUCUG